AGUGUGCGAGGAGGUGAUUUGACGGCGCUGCUGCUAAGGCUCAAGAGAAUUGUUCGGUAAAGCAACGGUGGAGGGAGGCAAGAGGACGCCACAUUCAUGCCAUCGCCAUCUAAUUUAACGCUAACGAACUGAUACUUUGAAAAAAAAAAAAAAAAAGGCCAUCGACCUAUUGGAACGGGAGACUACGUCUUCGCUGCAUGACCUUGCAUUGAAUGUCAUCAUUGACGGAUAAAAAUAUAAAACAUCACGGAAAGGUCACCGAACAUGGAGAUUGUUACACAUCUGAUUAAUGACACCAUAGAAUUCUACAAAUGGACCCUAACAAUCGCAGAUAAGCGAGUGGAGAAAUGGCCCCUGAUGGACAACCCGCUGCCCACGUUGGCCAUUAGUGCAUCCUACCUCCUGUUCCUCUGGUUAGGGCCCAAAUACAUGAAGGACAGGGAGCCUUUCCAACUGCGCAAAACUCUAAUUGUUUACAACUUCAGUAUGGUCUUUCUCAACUUCUUCAUUUUUAAAGAGUUGUUUAUGGCAGCCAGGGCGGCGAGCUACAGCUACAUUUGUCAACGGGUGGACUACUCAGAUGACCCCAAUGAAGUCAGAGUGGCGGGGGCACUGUGGUGGUAUUUUAUCUCCAAAGGCAUCGAGUACCUGGAUACAGUGUUUUUCAUCCUGAGGAAAAAAUUUAACCAGGUCACCUUUCUGCAUGUCUACCACCACUGCACCAUGUUCACGCUCUGGUGGAUCGGCAUCAAAUGGGUGGCGGGAGGACAGUCAUUUUUUGGCGCACACAUGAAUGCAGCAAUCCAUGUGUUGAUGUACCUCUAUUAUGGCCUGGCUUCCUGUGGUCCCAAGAUCCAAAAGUACCUGUGGUGGAAAAAGUACCUGACCAUCAUCCAAAUGAUCCAGUUCCACGUCACCAUUGGCCACACAGCUUUGUCGCUCUACGUCAACUGUGACUUCCCCCAUUGGAUGCACUACUCCCUCAUUUGCUAUGCCAUCACCUUCAUCGUUCUCUUCGGCAACUUCUACUACCAGACCUACCGCCGCCAGCAGCCCAGGCGCGACACUUCCUCCUCCAAAGGCGGUAAGGCUGUCUCCAACGGAGCCCUCAAUGGACUCAAGGCCACCAAUGGCGCCACGGUGGGGAACAACGAUAAACCCCAGGAAAACACUAGCAGGAGAAAGAGAAAAGGAAGAGCAAAAAGAGAUUAAAGGAAGAGGUUGGGGUAAACUGGAUCAGCUUUGUGUUCUAUCGCGCCAGCCUGCAGGAGACCUAAUUUGAGGAAGGAUGGAUGGGGUAAAUGUGUUCAUUUUAAGACAUGAUGAGACUUUUUUGUGUGGCGAGAAAGUUUCAUUGGCUUGUUGGAGAUGUUCAAGGUCACACAGAGGCCACAAUUAUCACAAUACUUUUGUGUCAGAUCCAAGUGGUGCGGCUUUACGUGAUGGGAAAUUAACAUUGCUUUGAGAUUAGCUUUGGAGGGGUAAAUAUCACGGGAAUACACACACACACACACACACACACACAAUCAUGGCUGUUUAAAUUGUACAAAGUUCUUUAUCAUGCACAUAUACGGUAAAGCUGAUCUUGUUCUAAAGUCAUUGUAUGGUGAGUCGCUAUGAUAAUUCUGGAACAACUGACACUAAAAAUGACUAAAUUCAUCAUAUGAAGAGAUGUCUUUGCUUUUUUUCACCAUAUACUGUAGUCAACAUGGAGGAAACUGUCAAUAUCCAGUGUUAUAUGUUGCAACUUAAGAUAAAGGAAGAAUAGAUAAUCAUUUCUUUUAUUCUUUUAAGUUGAAACUCUUAUCACAUAUGGAAGUGUAAUUCACUGCCGCUAUCAAAUUAAUAUAAAAGUGUAAAAUAUUUUAUUUCUGUAUGCCUUGUACGUUUUGUAUGUCCUUACUUGUGUGUAACGUGACAAAGUGGACCUGACAUGUUAUUUGCCCGCUAACUGUUGAUUUUCAGCAGUUUCCACCAGUUUUUUUCCCCCACCCCUAUUUAUUGUUUUAUUUUAUGAUUUUCGCUUGUCUCAUAGACUACUGGAAAUACGUACACAAAAGGGUCCUGUUGUUGUUUCAAGAGUAUUUAACUCUAGCAGUUUACAUCUUUAACUUAAAUCUGUCUUCUUUAAAUCAAAUACUUGAAUUGUUUUUAAUGUUUUACAUUUACAGGCUUAGGCCAUGUCUUUAGAUGCCUUGAAUGUAAACAUAAUUAUAUAUAAAAGUAACUAAAGGCAGUUAAUUUGUAUAAAGCGCAGAAUGGGAGAACAUCUAGCGUAAUUGUACACUAUGUGACCCACCAUGAACAAUAAAUGCUGUGCCUGUAAAAUCUUAUACAGUAUGGAUUGGCGUUGUUUCACAUUUUGUUAACAAUAAUUAAUUUUUUUAGCACUAUUUUUCAGUUUAUGUACAUACAGAGACUCCCCCCCCCUUCUUUUAAAAAAAAAAAUCUCACUGAGAAGACUCAUGUAUUUGUCAUGUUUUUUUGUGUUGUACAUAUUACUUUGUGAUCUUUUUUACUCUGACCCCAGCUUGUUUGUUAGCUUGGACAUUUGUCUACCUUGCAUUUAUGUGUAUUAUUUUUUUUUUUAAGUACAAUAUCAUAAAUUUGAACUCUUAAAUUAAACUGAAU